GAAGGGGAAGUGACGUAACGAGAGCCGCGGCCCACUGAGGGGUGAGGGGUCGGUAAAUAGUGGUGACGUCACGCCGCCAAGAUGGCGGAGGGGGAGGACGGCGGCUGGUGGCGGAGCUGGCUGCAGCAGAGCUACCAGACCGUCAAGGAGAAGUCCACGGAAGCUUUGGAGUUCAUGAAGAGGGACCUGGCCGAGUUCACUCAAGUGGUGCAGCAUGACACAGCCUGCACCAUCGCUGCUACAGCCAGCGUGGUCAAGGACAAGCUGGCAAGGACAGAAGGUUCCUCAGGUGCAACUGAAAAGGUGAGGAAAGGGAUCUCUGACUUCCUGGGUGUCAUUUCAAACACAUUUGCUCCCUCACCGGAUAAGACCAUUGACUGCGAUGUCAUAACAUUGAUGGCAACCCCUUCGGGCACCACCGAGCCCUAUGACAGUGCCAAGGCUCGCCUCUACAGCCUCCAGUCAGACCCAGCCACCUACUGCAAUGAACCCGAUGGCCCUGCUGAGCUCCUGGAGGCCUGGCUCUCUCAGUUUAACCUGGAGGAGAAGAAAGGGGAGAUCGCGGAGCUGCUGGCAACCAGCCCUUCUAUCCGGGCUCUCUACACCAAAAUGGUCCCUGCAGCUGUUUCCCAUUCGGAAUUCUGGCAGCGCUACUUCUACAAAGUGCAUCGUCUGGAGCAGGAUGAAGCCCGGAGGGAGGCUCUGAAGCAGCGAGCGGAGCAGAGCAUUCACCGGGAGGAGCCGAGCUGGGAGGAGGAUGAAGAGGAGCUCUUGGGGAUGUCACCCCUGCCUUGUGCAAACGUCACAUUGCCAGCGGCAGCAGAGAAAGAGUGUGCCCCUGCAGCCCCGGAGGGAAGGCACCCCACUGCUCACAAGGGACCCUCAGAGGAGAGCUGGGCCCUCCUCUCUCCAGAGCCAGCCCCAGCAGAGGGGAGCCCCUCUGAGAGCAGUGAGAGCGUCUCCCUUGUGACUCAGAUUGCAAACCCUGCCUCUGUGCCUGCUGCGCAGCUACAGACUGGAGCUGUACAACCAGCCGGGGCCGGAGACCUCUCCCAGGAGCUGGUGGAGGCCACGGAAGAGCAGAGCUCCCUGCCAAAGCCCCCAGGCCCUGCUCAUCGUUCUGCACCUACCCGGGAAUCAGCAGCAUCCUCAAAGCAACCGGCUGCUACCGAGCUCAAAGAGGUGGAGAGCAAAGCCCAGGCCAGGACAGAGACUCUGAAAGAGGAAGGUCCAUCCGAUCUACGAGUCUUCGAGCUGAACUCGGAUAGUGGGAAAUCCACUCCCUCCAACAAUGGCAAGAAAGGCUCCAGCACUGACAUCAGUGAGGACUGGGAAAAGGACUUUGAUUUGGACAUGACUGAAGAAGAGGUGCAGCUGGCACUCUCCAAGGUGGAAAUGGCUGGGGAGCUGGAAGAUGAAGAGUGGGAAGACUGGGAAUAAAGCAACUGCUUCCAGUGUGUGUCACAGGCUCAUUUCCACCAUCGACUGUGAAUUAAAUCACGGACCGGCUGUUCCUUUGUGUGUCACUGUGCUGGGGAUUGUGUUUCCAGGCUGGAGGAGUUUCAUUCCUGCUAAAUCCUGUGGGCAACUCCAGUGACCCCUUCAGACCUGGAUGAGGACGAGGAGGAAGCAAGAGUUCACUUGUAGCUGCUAGGGAGCCCAUCUUCUCAGUAGGUCCUAGAGACUGGCCAAGCCACACUGGCUGCCCUGGGUAGGGGCAGAUGUGAUGCAGUGAGGGGUCCCGAGUGCUUGAGUGCUUGUGUGUGUGUGUGUGCACAUCAGCUGCAGCCCAGCAGCUCAAAGGCUCUUGGAUGCAAGCUGUGCCUGCUCCCUCGCGCUCUGUGCUGCUCCACACCAGCCCUGGAGACCAUUCCCUGCUGGAGGGAGGUGCCGCAGGCUCAGCCCCUUUGCUCCCACUCAUUGCUGCAAAGAAAAGCAGUGGGUUUGUGGCUUUGAGCUGCAGCUGGGCCAUGCUGGAAGGAGCCAAACUCCCCUCAAACCCUCAGCUUCUGCCUGGCUUUUUGUCUUGGAAGCUUUUUCUAAUGGGAACUCAUUUCCUGCUGCAGGAGCAGCAGCUCCUCAAGGAGCCAAGGCCUUGCUGCUUCCCCUGCUCUGCCUUCCUCUCCUGGCAUUUGUGUCUUUCGAGUUAAAUUCCUCAAGCAAACUACUUGUGGCUUGCUCUUAACUCGAGCCCCUCGGGCAGGCAGCGAUUUGGGCUGCCCUGGAGCAGAGCCCUUCCCUGGGGUGCCCAGUUUGGGGUGCACAGCCCCAGCCUGGCCCUCGGGGAACAUGGUACCUGUGGGCUGAGGUCCACACCAGGCUCUCAAGCUUUGCUGUGCUCACUUGGGUUCCUUCACUCAAGCCCUCUGUGACUGCUUGCAAUGCUUCUCUCUGACCCACAGCCUCUCUCAUGUCCUGAGAUGCUCCUCAGUGGAUGAUGCUAAUACACAGUUAUCCUAUAGAGACGGAGCCCUUGCUGCUGCCCCUGCCCUUCGGGGGGUGGUUUUAUACAUGCUGCCUUUGUCCUUCUGCCCCUUCCAGGGCCACUUGGUUGGAGCUAUGGGCUUCCUGCUGGUUUAGGGUAGCGUUAACCCAGGUACACUUGGAAGAGUUGGGGUUUUGGGGUUGGGUUUGGGGUUUUUUUCUCCCCUUUAGGAUUGAUUCUCAGGCGCAGCUGCCCGAAGGAUUGCAUUGGUGGCAGCAGUGCCUUUGGGCACUUACAUGAGAGCACGUUUGUCCUGCAGAACCUUCGAGGGCUGGAACUGAGCUACAUGGGCUGGGCUGGCAGAGCCUCUGGUGCCUGGCCCCAGAUGUAGCUGUAGCAGGAACACUGGCCAUGGGGGGGUGGCAGCAGUGGGUGCAGGCUCAGGCCUCUGCUCCCCGGGCUUGGUGUGAGUGCUGCCUGCAUCCCUGCCCUGCAGCAUUGCUCUGAGCGUGCUGUGCUCUCCUCUCUGUCACUUCUGGUUUGCUCUUCUUUAGUCAAUUAACCAUUGGGUUGUCUGUGCAAUAUUCUCUGUUCUCAAGUAUCCCACCUCUCCCUGGGCCUUUUCUAGCUGGGGUGAGAGCCAGGAGCAAUUCUAACAGCUGGUAGUUUUGUAACGAUGACUUUCUCCAAACCUUUUGCAGUUAACGGCAAUUAAAGGAAUUCUACAGAG